AUGUGUACUUUGAUACUUACAUCUCCAGCAAAAAUCCUCAACAUCCCCAUCUACGUAACGACCCAAAAUGCCGCACGCCUGGGCUCCACCGUAUCAGAACUCACCGCCAUACUCCCCAAGGACUCCUCCGCGCCCGUCGAAGUUGACAAGACUGCCUUCUCCAUGAUGGUUCCCAAGCUCGAGUCUCAACUGCCAAAGCAUGACUCUACCCCUCUGAGUGUCUUCAUUGUCGGCAUCGAAACGCACAUCUGCGUCACGCAGACGGCUCUCGAUCUCCUCGCGCUCGGGCAUAGAGUUUACAUCAUCCAGGACGGUGUGUCGAGUUGCAAUGCGGGGGAACGGCCAGUGGCACUCGCGCGGUUGGCACGAGAAGGCUGCACGGUCAUCACGAGCGAGAGUCUACUGUUUGAACUUGUCGCUGAUGCAAACGAUGCGAAUUUCAAACCCAUCUCCACAUUGGUAAAGGAGACGAAGGAUCAGACGAAGGCGGCAGUCGAGACGUUUUGUAAGUUGUAA